UCUCCCUCCCCUCCCUCCGUCUCUCUCGCGCAUCUGUGUGGAGACCAUUCUCUCUCUCUCUCUCUCUCUCUCUCUCUCUCUCUCUCCACGCUUCUCGCUCGGAUCCCGCCAUCUUCGUCUUCUCCAACUCUUCCUUCUCUAUUCUUGAAUGUGAGUCCAAACAAUGACUUGAGGACGUCCCUCCUCUGCUCGCGUUCCCUCCGUCGCUCGAUGUCGAGAGCUUUCUUCUAGCUCUCGAUUCGUCGAGUUCUCCGUCUCCGUCUCUGCCUUGCUCGCUUCCGAUUUCGUUCCCGCGGUCGGCCGUUGCUGGGUCCCGGUGCUGUUUGAUUCCGCAUCGGACGACGCAUGCCGCAUUCCCCGAUUCACUAGGCCACCGUGCGUUGUUCCGGCGACGAGCGAGCACGCCGGGAGAGGAGGGAGAUCGAGGCGUUUUUUGGCUAGGCUGCUGGUGAUGAUUCCUGGCCAUUGUUCGUGCAGCGAGGCUUGACUCGAUUUGAGGCGGAUUCUGGUGUUGGGAUCGUGAGGAUUAGAGUUGAUUGAAAAGGAAGGAAGGAAGGAAGGAAGGAAGGAAGGAGGAGGAGGAGGAAAUAAAAAAAAAAAGGGAAUGGAUAUAGCUGCGCAGCUGAAGCGAGGCAUAUCGCGCCAGUUCUCGACUGGCUCGUUGAAGAGGGGCUUCAGCAGGCAAUUCACGCGGCAAUCGUCGCUGGACCCGAGGCGGAACAACAUGCGGUUCAGCUUCGGGAGGCAGUCGUCGCUCGAUCCGAUAAGGAGGAGCCCUGACCGCGACGACGAGCUCACGGUGCCUGAGAACUUGGACUCCACGAUGCAGCUCUUGUUCAUGGCGUGCAGAGGGGAUGUGAGGGGGGUGGAGGACUUGCUGAACGAAGGGAUCGAUGUGAAUAGCAUUGAUUUGGACGGGCGGACCGGGCUGCACAUCGCCGCCUGCGAAGGGCAUGUUGAAGUUGUCAAGCUUCUGCUCAGUAGGAAGGCUAACAUGGACGCCCGUGACCGGUGGGGGAGUACGGCAGCUGCUGAUGCAAAAUACUAUGGAAAUCUGGAAGUAUACAACAUUCUGAAAGCUCGUGGAGCCAAAGUCCCUAAAACAAGGAGGACACCCAUGACUGUUGCCAACCCUAAGGAAGUUCCAGAAUAUGAGCUGAAUCCUUUAGAACUUCAGGUUCGGAGGGGCGAUGGUGUUUCAAAGGGAACUUAUCAAGUAGCUAAAUGGAAUGGUACGAAGGUGGCUGUAAAGAUAUUGGAUAGGGACAGUUACUCAGACGCGGAGACCAUAAAUGCUUUCAAGCAUGAGUUAGAGUUACUAGAAAAAGUGAGACAUCCGAAUGUGGUUCAGUUUGUUGGAGCUGUCACCCAAAACAUGCCCAUGAUGAUUAUUUUGGAGUACCAUCCAAAGGGUGAUCUCGGAAGCUAUCUUCAGAAGAAAGGGCGUCUCUCUCCAUCUAAAGCUCUACGGUUUGCACUUGAUAUUGCAAGGGGUAUGAAUUAUCUCCACGAAUGUAAACCAGAUCCCAUCAUCCAUUGUGACUUAAAGCCUAAAAAUAUCUUGCUGGAUAGUGGGGGUCAGUUAAAGAUUUCUGGAUUUGGUUUGAUAAGUUUGGCAAGAGUAUCCCCUGACAAAGCAAAACUUGCACAGCCUGGGACUCAAGCUGAACUGUCGCGUUUAUAUGUGGCACCUGAGGUUUAUAACGAUGAAAUAUUUGAUAGAAGUGUGGAUGCCUUUUCCUUUGGUCUCAUUCUUUAUGAGAUGAUUGAAGGAGUCCAGCCUUUCUAUCCCAGUUCUCCAGAAGAGGCAGCCAAAAUGAUAUGUUUAGAGGGAAAACGCCCGCCUUUCAAGAUCAAAGCUAAAACCUACCCUCCUGAUUUGAAAGAGUUGAUAGAGGAAUGCUGGGAUACAGAAUCUGUCGUGAGGCCAACUUUUUCUGAAAUUAUCGUACGUUUGGACAAGAUAGUUGCAAAUUGUUCCAAGCAGGGCUGGUGGAAGGAUACGUUCAAGCUUCCUUGGUAUGCUUCUCCUCCUUUUUAUCUUCGAUUAGUGAGAUUUUAAUUAGUCUAAAUGGCAUGAUGGGUUAAGGGCAACAGCGGUAAUGAUGUGUCUGGAAAUGAAGAAGGUAAGAACGUGUGGCGUGUGAUAAAUGUACAUGUAGUGACUAUAACAACAGAUGACGGACACUUAUUCUAUUGCAACUAGGAAGUUGCGACCGUUGCAACCGAGCGACAGCCAAGUAUUGUAGUUAGAAAAUAGAAGUAGACAAGCCGAGACCAUGCUCAACUCGUUUGUUCGCAGAAUCAAUUGCUGAAAUUUACCCUAGAACCUUGUGAGAAUACAUAGAUUUACUACGAGGCAAGCUGGCACAAGGCCAUCGUUGCAUUGGAACACGACAUGACUGUCAUCACAUAAGUUCUGGAGAGAUCAGGCUCUAUUGCAUGAAAUACUUCAAUCAAAGUUGAAUCAUAUUUUUUGGACUAUAUAUAUGUAGGAAAUGAGAGGAAGCACUCUUAUACUGCUGGAUGAAGGAAGCAAACAAUGCUCAGAGUCAUUUUCGCGUUCAGUUGUGAAGCUACCACGUUGAAUAUAUGAUAACGUCUUUGUAAGAGACCUCUGAAAUGAAAAAUAUAAUAAGCUCUUAGUUUUUGUUCUUCUAUGGUGCUUAAGCAGUUCCAUUGUAAUGUACUGUAUAAUAUGUGAAAGAUCAUUAAUGAUAGUUCAGUAGUUUCCAUA